AUGAACACGCUCACGGCGCUGCAGGCGCUCCCGCUGCCUUCAGCAUCACGCGCUCCAGCGCCUCGAAUGGCCUCGCCUCGCGACGAGCUGCUCAAAGAGCUUCAGAACUUCGAGCGCAGCAACCAGCGGCGAGCUUUUCUCAACGGCCUCGCCGCCACGUCCGUUACUCUCUUUGUGGGUGGGUUGAGUUUCGGGACGGGCGGGCUGGCCUCCAAAAGGCUGGAGGAGGGCGUGCGCGAACCGCCGCCCUUCGUCGACGUCACGGACGGGAAGCAGGAUAUGAACAGGGUGCCGGCCGUCGCCGAAAAUGUCGCGGGCACCGAGGUCCCGCCUCCAGCGCCACCACCGGUCCAGGCGCCAGCGUCGCUCCAGGCAUCGGUCGGCGGGGGACUGGGCAUGCCGCUGGCACCAGUCGGAGCGGUGGCGGUCGCCGCUGCGGCUGCGUUUGCUGAGAGGCGGCAGCGGCUGAGCGCUGCAGUCGAGGCGGAGGAGGCGCAGCUGAGCCUCGCGGAGGGGUCGGUGAGCGGCGGGGAGGAGGCGGACGCAGGCGCCAUCUCGCCAGCUUUGACGGUGGACCCGACGGCGGCAGGGCUGGCGGCGGGGAGCAGGCAGAGGUGGGCGGCCCGUGGCGUGACCAAGCAGGUCCGGGAGUACGUCGGCACGCCGGUGGGCGGGCGCGAGGUACUGUACCUCGACACGCCUGGCAUCGGAGACAUCGACGUGCCGCUGCAGAAGCUGUUCGCUCUCUUCGAGCAGCGACUCGCCGGCGCAGAGGUCGACGGCGUGCUCGUCACCACGCCCGUGUCGGACGCGCGAGUCAAGCUCGGCGCUCAGGUCGUCAAGUUCCUCGUCGAGAACGGGUUCGUCGGCGGCGCGGAGAAGUGGGCCAGCGUCGUCUUAGUCGGGACAAAGAACGACAAGGCGGACGAGGAGGACCGGCACUGCUUCCGCAGCCAGGUCGUGCCUGAGCUCUUCUCAGCCGCGCAAGGCGCGACAGGCAGCUACGCGCUGGUCGGGCGGGAUGACUACUCGCAGCUGAUCGAUCGCAUCGCGCGCCUGCCGAGCGGGACCCUCUCGUACCGCCGCCCGUCGAGCAGGGCCAUCCAGGCGGAGCUGCUGCCGCUGGUGGGGGGCGACGACUUCAUCAUCGAAGAGCUGCCGCCGCCGCCGACGAGGCAGCCGAGCGUGCCGGCCGGGCAGGACCCGCGCAGGUGGGGCUUCCUGCCGCCGCCGCAGUGGCCGACGUGGGCGGCGCCGCGGCAGCCCGCCUGGCUGCCCACCCCGCUCGCGAGCGUGACGCCCGAGGAGCGGCGCACCGCCCGCGCCGAGCGAUCCGCCUCUCACCGCGCAGCGCAGGAGUAG